CUUAGCUGGUCACAGUCUAAUUUUCACCACUGGAAAAGUCAGUCGUUAUUUUAGUGUUCUAGCAGAGCUCUGGGGGUUUUUCUACCCCAAAAGUUCAGGCAGAACGUCAGAGUUGAGGGAGUUCAGUUGUGAAUAGUUUCCGUUCCAAUGAAAGUCGCGAUUGAUACCAUUCAUUUGUGGGGAAUCAAAUUUCGAUUAUAAAGAUGAAAACGAUGCAACAACGCGAUUUUACUUCUGGUACUUGUCAGCCAUUACAGUUUUACUGAGUUCGAGUGUGGAAAAAUUUUCAGCCGCUUUACUAAAGGAGGAGCAAGGACAACGACGAAGGCAGGGAGAGAGCUUUUCGCUGUGUGAGCUAUAGAAGGGGGUGAAUUGCAUCGAGGUCGCAACGAGGUCGUUCAAGGCGGACGCGGAUAGUCAGUUCAGUUUCUCAACCCUGAAGAAAGUGGCUGAUUUGAAGAAUCAUAAACGUUCUAUUUCUAUCCCUAUUGAAGGGAAGUGGUUAUAUAACCUGAUUUCGUGCUACGUAGUCUUCGGGGCGGUCUAUCCACUGAGUGAUAUUUCGGAGAGUCGCGGAAUUGAGUCCCUCGAAAACGGACGAAGCAAAAUAGUGCGAGAUUGAUUGUGUUGGUUUGAAUGUACCACCGAAUUUUCAUUCAUGAGGGUGCUUCAGUGAAACGUAUCUAAAUUGAAUGCCGAUAGUCGCGAAGAACCAGCAGGAGGAGCAUCAGUAGUGGUUGUGUAUGGGUAUAUCUAAACCUCUUGGCAGUCACGGGAGCUUUUGAGAGAGCGAACCUCUAUGUUACUAGGAGGAUCAUUGGAUCGCUUCAUGCUUUUAAUCUGGCCACAGCAAUUUGAGGCUGCAUCGCGGUGAAGGCGCACAUGUGCGGGCUACGUUUUAGAACAAGGAACUCUCCGUCUCAGAAGACAUCCUUACGUUGGGGUGACAGCUGCUCUCACUGAACAGUUGGGUGCCACUACACGCGACUCAUCACAAUCCCACCACAGAGAUCGCCCACAUCUUCACCACUACUUUUCUUCACCAUACAAAGCGGGGUCUAGUUUCAAGAAAAAUUACAAACUUAUACGUAAUAGUUACCAUAUCAAAAUAAAACAGUCCUUAACGUAUUAUAGUGAACAAAAGGUUGGCAAGUGUUGUUGAAAAAGUAACAAAUAUGUUUGCUAUCCACAUGUUCAGUGCUAGAUUAAGGCGUACAGUUGUAAAUGUAAAAUAUCUGUGAUGUGUUUCAAAGUCUACAAGUCAAUGUUCUAAGAUUUCAAAGCAAGCAUUAUCAGAGUAAACGAGUCAUUCACUAAGUUGUGCCCGAAUUGGGAAAAUUCUUCAAUUAUACAAACGUCUGGUCAUACAUCCAUCAUCCACGACGUGAACUGUCACGUGAACAGAAAGUGGAGAGGUCCUUGUGCACUGUCUUUUCAAAGCAUAACCAUCAUCUCCUGUCACUCCAAUACUACUAAGAACCCAAGAACAAUAAUUUAAAUCGUAAGGUCAACGACACUCACUACCACGGAAAGAAAGACAUUUCACAAAAGAUUUCGUCAUCAAAUACCAACAACAACAAACUUAUUUGACAACAACGAAGUAGGAAAGCCGCACCGCAUUAUUCCCUCUUUAUCCCAUACAUCCUACGAAUCAUCGUAAGAAUUCACCGAAAAGGAAAGCUUUAAAUAUUAUUAAGUCAUCCUCUGAAACAGGAGAUAAAGCGCGAAGAAACUCAACACACAGACAUACGAGUUCGGAACAUCUCCUCGCAACUGAUUUCAACCGUUUACCAGUGGAACGAGCCAAAUCCCCUCAACGUGACCAAGCACAUUUCUUGCUCAGUGGUGGGAUUUGAUUGAUAGAUCGUGUUUGAAUCUGCGGCUCUCAUCCAAAAUCUCUGAGCCAAGCCGGGAAUCAGAAAACCCCAUUUUCGCGACAGCAAAUUAAUUUCAUCGCGGCACCGUUCCUAGCGCCUCAUCAUGAUCAACAUCGCUGGAGUUAUCAGUAUCGUUCUGUUCUACAUCCUGAUUCUGGCAGUUGGAAUAUGGGCCGGGCGGAAGAAGGAAAGCGGCAACGACUCCGAGGAGGAGGUCAUGCUUGCCGGUCGAUCCAUCGGACUGUUUGUCGGUAUUUUCACAAUGACAGCUACCUGGGUCGGAGGCGGUUACAUAAACGGCACAGCGGAAGCAAUCUACACAUCCGGUUUGGUUUGGUGCCAAGCACCAUUCGGAUAUGCUCUCAGUUUAGUUUUCGGUGGAAUCUUUUUCGCCAAUCCGAUGCGAAAACAGGGCUACAUCACUAUGUUAGAUCCGUUGCAGGAUAGUUUUGGAGAACGAAUGGGAGGACUCCUGUUUUUGCCGGCCCUGUGCGGUGAGGUAUUCUGGGCUGCCGGUAUUUUGGCUGCCCUAGGUGCCACCCUGUCGGUUAUCAUCGAUAUGGAGCAGGAGACAUCGGUCAUUCUGUCCGCGUGCAUUGCGGUCUUCUACACCCUGUUCGGAGGAUUGUACUCGGUAGCGUAUACCGAUGUUAUUCAAUUGUUCUGCAUUUUCAUCGGUUUGUGGAUGUGUAUUCCGUUUGCCUGGACAAACGAUCACGUUAAGAGCUUGUCGUCGAUGGAUGUCGAUUGGAUUGGCGAGAUUGGGGAGGGCUAUCAUUGGUAUUAUGCCGACUACGGGUUGCUGCUAGUAUUUGGCGGUAUUCCAUGGCAGGUAUAUUUUCAACGUGUACUGUCCAGUAAAACCGCUGGUCGAGCACAAAUCCUAUCGUACGUAGCAGCAUUCGGUUGUAUCCUGAUGGCUAUUCCUCCAGUUUUAAUCGGAGCGAUCGCAAAGGCAACUCCUUGGAACGAGACUGACUAUAACGGUCCCUGGCCGUUGACAGCCCAAGAGACUAGUAUGAUCCUACCGAUGGUGCUGCAGUAUUUGACACCGGAUUUCGUAUCCUUCUUUGGACUGGGUGCCGUCUCAGCGGCGGUCAUGUCUUCUGCCGACUCGUCAGUAUUAUCCGCUUCGUCGAUGUUUGCUCGCAACGUCUAUCGGCUCAUCUUCCGUCAGCGGGCAUCAGAAAUGGAAAUUAUCUGGGUGAUGCGCGUUUCGAUCCUGGUGGUGGGCAUCUUGUCCACCAUCAUGGCAUUGACGAUACCAUCCAUCUACGGUUUGUGGUCCAUGUGUUCCGAUUUAGUGUACUGCAUUUUGUUCCCUCAGUUGCUAAUGGUGGUCCACUUCAAGAAGCAUUGUAACACAUACGGCAGCUUGUCCGCUUACAUAAUCGCAUUCCUGGUGCGGCUAUCCGGUGGUGAAGCGAUGCUUGGUCUCCCGGCGUUAAUCCAUUAUCCGGGCUAUGUCGCUGAGACCGGAACGCAGAUGUUCCCCUUCCGUACGAUGGCGAUGGUAAUGAGCCUGAUAACGCUGAUAGGCGUUUCAUGGUGGACAAAAUGGGUGUUUGAAACCGGCCGUUUAGCGCCAAAUUACGACUAUUUCCGCUGUGUGGUUAAUAUACCGGAGGAGUUACACCGAGUCGAGGAGCCGUCCGAUUCUGGUGAACAGUUGUCAGUGAUGGCUGGUGGAAUGACGCGUAUGUACGGAGCCGCUACGAUGGUGGGAAAUAACGAACGAAACGGUCGGAUCAAUCCGGCCCUGGAAGCAGACGACGAUCUGCCGGUGGUCGAGGCUCAGCGCCAAAUGCAGCAACAGUCAUCGGUUGGAGGAGGUGGUGGAAUCUUGCAGGGUGGUGGCAGUGUGGUUCCCGGCCAAUCGCAGGGACAUACGGCGUUCUGAAACCCGAUGCUGCAGUAAGUUUAUUCGUGAACUUCAUUAGUACCACAUCGACCGGGGUUUAUGUUGUUUAGCAAGGAGGGGGUCGAGCCUUGCCGGAUGUUUUCCUAGUUCGAGGCGGUUCGGAUUGGACACUGGAACUGGUUUCCGUCAUUAUUUUUGUUAGUAUUAAAACGGGGAGUAGAUUUACCGGGAAAUAAGGUACGUGAUGACAAAGCAGCAACCAGUACAUAUCAAUUAUUAUUGCUAGUGUUAAAGUUCUGACUACAAACAACCGAUACAUAUCAACUUAGAUCUUAAACGAUAAAACAAUGCAAAUAAAAAAGCCACUAGAGGAAAUUCCAAACAUAUCAUACUAUAGAACAAAACAAAAACAGUGAAAUUGAAGUGUUAUCUUAACGAGUGUGAGUUCCAAGAGUUUCAACUCAAAUUGGGUGAAAUAAGCGAAACGCAGCAAUUUUAGGGUUAACAGAUCUCACUUCUCGGAAAUAUUAUUUAACUAUACAUGUUUGUAAGAAUGGGCAAUCGUAUUGAACAUUGGGGGUAGAAAGACCAGUGUUUUAUGUUUUGUUAUCGAACUACAAGGCUUACUGUAUCAUUGUUAUACUUUUCAUAUACACCAGCAGGAAGAAGGAAAACAGUUGUACAAAUUUAUUGUUUAACAGAGAAGAUAAUGAUGUAAUUGAUUUUAAUACCUAUCAUGCAACAAAUUUCUCCCAGAGUGUUGAAUGACGAUAAAUAUUUAUUCAAACUAUUGAUGUUAUUUGGUAUAUUUUGGACGAUUAGGACGCUUGAACGAAAAGAAAGGAGAAGUCCAACACACAAUGUGUCUCAUUAUAAGAAAAAGGUGCUAGAAUAUAGUAAAGAUGAGUUAGUAAAAUAAAAGCAAAUUUGUUGUCAACUGAAGGGAAUAAAACGGCGAGUGUAGUUUCGUUAUGUUUCAUAUUUCUAAGCGAUAUUGUUUUGUUUCAAUUAUAGUCUUGGUACUCUCAAUGGCUGUUUGUUGGUCAUUUAGUGGUAAUGGAUUGCAAAUACGUGUAUUGCUUGUAAGAACAAAUACUAAUAGAACUGAUUAUGUAAUAAAACAACUAAGAAGAUGUAGAAUUUAGUUACCUUUAUUAAGAGGGUUAAAACAUUGUAGAUGUUAAUAAUCAGAAAUUUAGAGGCAACUGCGAAACCAAGGCAAUUACUAACUACAUAUACAUGCAAAGAAAAAAAAAAAGAAAAUUUGACAUUAAGUAAAUCUAAUAUAUAUCAAUCAAUGGUGCCCUUCCAACAAAAAAAAAAAUAUUUGAAAUUGAAAAACACAAAAAUAGUUAUUUUUAUAAUGUUGUAAACAUUUUGCUCUUUCUUUGUGUCCUGUCUAGUUUUAUUGCAAAUUCUGCUGCGGCUGUUCAAAUCAUUCCGCGGCUUCUUCCACAGCUAUCAAUAUAAAGAUCUUGAUUUCUUUCAGAUCGUCCAGCUAGCUUGCUAUUAUUUGACAAAUCAUCGUUUAUGUAGAGUGUACACAAUGUUUCAAUUUCGAAAAUUGUGAACUUUUUUGGAUAUUAUUUUUCGAUUCUAGCUCAUAGAUCGAGAGAUAAUGGUUGUAAUUGGAAAUUGCUACUCCUGCGUCAGAAAUUUCCCAGAGAAGCUACUUGUAACCGUUGAUAUUUCUGCUUUACUUUGCUGCGUUUAAUUAGAGCUGAAGACUCCACGCCGGUUCUCCGCAGACUAUCGCAAAAUAUUUCGUCUCAUCCACUUAAUUAGUGAUUGCAGAUUACUCCAACAACAGCAGCAAGAAACGCGUGUUUGUGUGUAGAUCCCAAGAAUCGCGCACUAAACAAAUUCUCACGAAAGACAUUCUGGCAGAGCUUUGUAUGCUAGACCUUCAGAAACUUUAUUGACUACCGAAAUCCUAGGGUGAAUUGGGUCAUUAAAUGAAGAAUCAAAUUCCUAGUUUAUCAUAUGAACCGAUAGAGCUUAAAAUUCUGAAUGUGAGAAUAUAUAUGCUAAACUUUGAAUACUUCAGAAAGACUUUUAAUUGAUGUUCUACGAAAAUGCAAACACGUUCUUGUUUGGCACUAUCGGUCUUCCUUGACAAUGAAUUUAGCCACAGAGGUUAGAAUUUUUGACAGUUAUCUCAGUAAAACGAUAGGGAUUAAGGUAAUGGAAGAUGUGGUAGCAUUAAUUUAGUUUCAUAAAAUAAUUUUAAUUUUGUACAGAAAAGCGAAAAAAAUAUUCGACUGCAUGUAUCUUUAACGCUACCUUCAUCGUAAAGCAUAUGGCUUAAUGACCCAAUUUCGUCAGGUACGUUCAAGCCCUUUUCGACUGUACUGGGUUUUAUUGCUUGUGUUACUAAAAACUGGAUUCAAAUCGCACUGCGCACUUACCAUUCUUCUUUUAAAUUCUUCUCAUAGACUGAUUAGUUCUACUGGUCUUUCUAUGAAAGUACCAUCUCUAUCACUUGGAACACAUGUGUUUUGACAGCUCGCUGUUUUGAGAUCACUCGCACUUUGAAAGUGCGGAGUCCAGGUUAGUGGGAAAUGCGCAAUACUGGACUGAUAUGAUCACCCUACUCAAAGUGAAUUUUGACAUUUCAUAGCCUAAGUUUGUCGAAGUGGAUCAGUGGCAUGGAUGGGGUUAUAGUAGAGUUACUAUAUUAAAAGUUAGGCGGACACAAAAGCCGAAAAACUGGCAGCUCUUAUUUCAGGAAAAAAACACUGGCAUCCCAUGUAAAUGUUCAAGCUCCAGCCUAAUAAUUUCAUUGCCACCGUAAGUAACAACUUUACAUGCAUGAAUAGAAAAAUCAAUUCGAAGAUCGGAUGAUAUGAUUUCAUACUUGUGCGAAUAUCUCUUCUUGUGACAGAAAAAAUUGGUUUCUUUUCGUUUCUCUACACGUGAUAACACAAGAUAAGAGUUAAAUAGUUAUUAC